AUGAUGCUCCGGGUCUCAGAUUUAGGACCCAGUUACUGUGAGAUUCGAGACGUAGUUGCUCCAAGCAGCAACAAUGAUCAGGUCAACAUCGGUAACAUUUCGAAGAAAAAGCAUCCACACUCAAGACAAGAAGCAGACUUUUCAUCAAAUGACGGUGAUGAUGAGGACAAGAUUGAGCUUCCGAGAAAGAAGAAACCGAAGAAUAACAAUGCAGUGACUGUAGCAUAUUCUUCAUCAGCCCGCUCUUGUCUUGACGCCCAUGUCGCAGCUUCGAGUCUACACACAGAUGCAGUGUAUCUUCCACAAGAUUUCACAAGCUUAGAUAGUACUAAAAAAAAAUGUCACAAGAAGCAUAGUCCGAAACGGAUAAUAUCAUCAGUUUCGUCAAGGGAGAAACGAUUCGUAACAUUUACACUUGCACCUGUUGAUGUGAGACAUUGUAGACUGCGUCUUCCAAUGCAAUUCUCGAGGGAGAAUGGGAUCACUAAGCCUGGCAAGAUACAUUUGUUGGGUUAUGAUGGUUCAAAGUGGCUAGCAAACCUUCUCCUGGAAAGCAGAGGAAGAAUGACUUUGGGAGAUGGCUGGAAAUCAUUUGUUAAAGCAAAUGAAUUGCAGAUCGGUGAAUCCUACACACUUGAGUUGAAAUGGGAAGACACAACUCCUGUGCUCAGUUUGUGCCCUGCGGAUGAUAGCAUUAAGAGAAGAGAAGGAGGAGAGUGUUCAGAAGCAAGCGAGAAAGAGCCUAUUCCCAUAUUAGAAACUACCAGUGGAAACAACAUUACCAACGAUGAAAACAGGAACAACGAAAACAUAGAUGAAAACAAGAAAGAGGAGAGCAGUUCAUUGGGAAGAGAAAAGAAUAAUGUGAGAUGGAGAGAUUCAACUUCAUCAUGCAUAAACCGAUUCCUGAAUUUAACUAUUACACCUGACAGUCUCAAACAUGGUAGACUGCGUAUUCCGUUGCAAUUUAUGAGGGAGAAUAGCAUGAACACGCCUGGGGAUAUAACUCUGUUGGGUAAAGAUGGUGCAAAGUGGCUGGUUAGUCUUCUAUUGGAAAAAAGAGGAAGAAUGAGUUUGGGGAAAGGCUGGAAAGAAUUUGCUAAAGCAAACAGCUUAAAGACAGGCGAUUCCAUCACUUUGGAGUCAAUAUGGGAAGACGACACUCCUGUGCUCAGGUUGCUAGAGUCCAGCAAAGACAGAAGGCAGCAAGGUGAGUGCUCAAAAGCAAGAGAGGAAAAGUCUAAUGUCACAGAACCUAGCAGUGGAAACAAGACCAGGAAAGCAGGGAGACACAGAGGAGAGAGCAGAGAUUAUCCUCUUACGAAGAGAGAUUCAUCUUUAAUAAUCCAAAACCGAUUGGCGUUGACAUCAACACCUUCACCUGAAUUAGUUUGCCGUCUUUCUCAUGAUAUUGGCGAGAUCUCUGUUUUCAGAGAUGGAGGAGAUUUGAUGUUCCAGGUCUCAGAUUUAGGACCCAGCUGCUCUGAGAAUUUAGACGUACUGGCUCCAAGCAGCAACAUUGAUCAGAACAACAUUGAGCUUCCGAGAAGGAAGAAAGUGAAGAAGAACAACCGAGGAACAAAAGCAGAUUCUUCACCAGACCAAUCUUGUUCUGUAGCCUAUGUCACUAUGCAGUAUCUUCCACAAGAUUUCACAAGCUCAGAUGUUCUUAAAAGGAAAUGUUGCAAGAAGGAUAGUCCGACACAGAUAAUUUCAUCAUAUUCGCCAAGUGAGAAACAAUUAGCAACAUUUACACUUGCACCUGUUGAUGUCAGAAACUGUAGACUGCGUCUUCCAAUGCAAUUCACGAGGGAGAAUGGAAUCACUAAGCCUGGCAAGAUAUAUCUGUUAGGUAAAAGUGGUUCAAAGUGGCUUGCAAAUCUUCUCCUGGAAAGAAGAGGAAGAAUGACAUUAGGAGAUGGCUGGAAAAGUUUUGUUACAGCAAACGGCUUAAAGACGGGUGAAUCCUUCGCACUCAAGUUGAAUUGGGAAGGCACAACUCCAGUGCUCAGUUUGUUACCUGCAGAGUAUAGCAUUGACAAUGACAGUAGAGAAGGAGAAGAGUGUUCAGAAGCAAGCGAGAGAGAGCUUCUUCCCAUAGAAGUUAGCAGCGGAAAAGAGAUCAGCAAAGAUGAAAACAUUAGUGAGGAGAGAGAGGCGAAUCAUCUGAUAUGGAGAGAGCCAACUUCACCAAGCCAAAACCGGUUUCUGACAUUAACCAUCACACCUGACAGUCUCAGACAUGGUAGACUGCGUCUUCCAUUGCAAUUCAUGAGGGAGAAUGGAAUGAACAAGCCUGGGGAGAUCACUCUAUCGGGUAAAGAUGGUACAAAGUGGCUGGUAAGUCUUCUACUGGAAAGAAGAGGAAGAAUGAGUUUGGGAAAGGGAUGGAAAGAUUUUGCUAAAUCAAACGGCCUAAAGACAGGCGAUUCCAUCACGUUGGAGUCAAUUUGGGAAGCCGCUACUCCUGUUCUCAGUUUGCUCCGUAUAAGGUCAACCAGUAAUAGAUCAUCGAAAGACUCUCUUUCCACAGAACCUUGCAUCGGAAACAAGACCAAGAAAGCAGAGAACAACAGAGAAGGGAGUAUCUCAAUGGAGGUGGAGAAAAAACAUCUUCCUACAAGAAGAGAUUCAUCUUCAGCAAUCCCAAACCGAAUCGUGAUACUAACACUAACUCCUGAAGAUAUCAGAGACUGCAAACUACAUCUUCCGAGUCAAUUCAUGAGGACUAAUGGCAUCAUUAAGCCCGGAAAGGUAACUCUGUUGGGUAGAAGCGGUAUGAAGUGGUUUGCAUAUAUGCUGUCAAAAGAUGGAACUGUGGCUUUGGGAAAUGGUUGGAAAGGUUUCUGUGAGGCUAAUGGCGUGAUGGUAGGAGAGUCUUUCAUUUUGGAAUUCAUUCACAGAGAAGACACAAAUCUUGUACUCAAGUUUUGCUCCUACUUCGGAGACCAAACCAAAUACAUGCUGUAA